AGCCCCCCGACGAGAGCGACCGAAAAACUGGCUGUUUGUCUUCUUUCCUCUCCCUGACACGGUAGCAUGGGCUCCCCAUCCCUGGGCUCAAGGAAAUGGGACCUGCCGACGGGGACAAUGAACACCACUCUCGUCAUUGGCCUCGCCUACAUCUUCCUUGCCUACGUUGUGCACCCGGCCACGCAGUAUGCAUACCUCAGGGUGCGCGCCUACCGCGCGUGGCGACGCAUCGAGGAGGGAGAGAGGGUUGACGUUACCAACUAUCCCACGUGGAUGGAACUACUCGGGAAUUGCGGUAGGAGGGACACCGCUCGCGUCGUGGCUCUGCUGCUCCUGCUGUUUGCGUUGGCUUCGUGGAUUUUGGAUCUGUCGAUAGAUGUGUUUCCCGUGCCGAACCCAGCAUACAGUCAAACCCUGGCGCCUCAGGUUUUCAAGUGGCCUGCAAGCAACUCUACCGGGGCUUCUUGGCACGUAUUGAGCCUAACCGAAAUCGACCAAGAGUACGAAGGGGACUGGUUGAACCAACCGAAUGUCUUCGAAACGGUGGCCAAGUCGAGGUACUACGUGAAAGAAUACAAGAACUACGUGUGGAGCGAACCGAAGGACAGGUACAUCAACGGCGAUAUCAUCGUCGCCAACUGGUCGCGGAAUACAAAGCCGGAUAACCUGGUCUACGGGGAAAGGGCCACUGUGAUGGUAGACGGCAUCACGUGCUCGUCGGGAGGUGAGGCGGACAUCUUCACCGAUGAUCCCAUCCCAGUUACCCUCAAGAACGGAACCGACGCCAUCGAAGUAUGGGGCACCGUUCUGGAGUGUGACCAAGGGCCUGCGGGUAUCGACGUCAUUGGUAGCAGCAAACCCUCGAUCAUUCUCACCGAGCGCGAGACGGGAGACACACACGUGAUCGUAGAGGAGACCAGCAGCGAACCCAGCUUCCUCUACUCCGUCUGGAACGCGACCGGGGCUUCUAUCACCGCUGCUGCCGGAAACUCCUCCGUCGAGAUCGCCUACGCCUUCCACAUCUCGUCCACUGUACGGCUUGCCGAGGCGGUGGUCACUGCGAUCGUAAACGGCGUGGCCGGCGAGGGCGGCGGCGCUUGUUUCGGCCUCCUCCGAGCGUACAACAGGGGCCCUUAUGAUACAGUGGAUUUUUCUGACUCCUAUGGCAAACAAAAGGCGAUGCCGUUCGGUGAGGACCCCGUGUCUCACUACAUCAAUUCCUUGAAGGACAAUGAGCACAUCAUCGUCGGGGUCGAGAUGAACACCAAUGGGAUGGUGGCCUUCGCUUUGGUGAUAGGCCUGAGCUUCACCGGCAUUGUGCUGACCCUCUUCUUGUGUCCAAAAUACGAGAUGGACGUCUACAACAGGGACGAGCUGCUCCGCGCGAUCAACCUGCAGGCGCAGGGCUUACCCGAUGAUCCGUCAAGGCACUCCGCGAUGCGCAUAGAAGUCCAAAGGGAAGAUCGAAGCAGACACUUGGCCGUUACUAUUAGCGAGUCCAACAGCGAACGGAGCCGCUGCGCGCGCUUCCUCCUGAGGCGAGGGCCCGAGGUGACCGAUGACCCCGUGCCGGCCACGGAUAGCGCCCCCAACGGACGUGACGGGGUCCCCGUCCCGAGGAGGCCGGCCCAUAUGUACCUUGGUGGCGUUUUGACGUGGUUGGGCAAGCCCAUUCCCCGCCCAAGGAACCACGCCAUCAACCCAGAGCCUUUGGCCCCAGCCAUGGUCCUAACCGCCUCGCCGGUGCCGUCCAACGCCGGGUCUAGGGUGGUAUCACCGACACACCCAACCGCCGAAGGAUCGUCUGCAUCUGCGACCGCGACACCGACGUUUUUGUCCGAACCCGGGCGGGGCGCCUCACGUUUCCCCGACGCGUCGCUCCUGUUCCGCAGCUCGAGCUCGGAUGUCGAGGGGAUAACCGGCUACGCCGAUUAUAAUGAGGAGGAGGGGGAUGUCGACGCCGAGAUGGGCAUGUAA